UGGAGAGCACACACACACACACACACCAUCAGAGCAGAGCAGAGCAGAGCAGAGGAGCUCUCAUCCAGAUCGGUGCCAGACGCAUGGUCGACUUUUGUUUUUGCGCGGCUUUUACUGCGUUUUGUCUAUUAUAUUUUACAUUGAGAAUAUCAAUUAUUAACUUGUUUGUCAACUUUAAAGUUUUUGAAGCCUUUUAGGAACAUCCUUCGGAAUUAAAUUUGGAUACUUCACGGCGCGCAGAAGUCCUCUUGAGAUUCGACAGGGAUUGUUUCUCUCCGACGCAGGAGCUCGCAGAAGUUUGGAGCGCUUCAAGAAAAAAAAAAAGGAACUGUCAGUGCAACUUCGACUGGGGGGUUUUCUUUUUUUCAAUCGAGCCGUCCCAGAAAUGGUGGGGCACCUUCACCUACAAGCGAUGGAUGAUAGCCUGAAAGGAAAGAACCGAGAAGGGCUGCUCGACAGUCCGGAUUCGGGAUUGCCCCCCAGUCCCAGUCCGCCCUUCUACUCUCUCUCUCCGGGUCUGACCGAGUCGCGCUCGAGCAGCUGCACGACGCCCGUCGAAAGCCAUCAUGGAUAUUAUAAAAAGGAAACCAGAGAAGGCAAACUGCUGCCCUACCUGCUGCUGAACUCAACAGGAACCGACCCCAAGACUCGCAUGUAUCCCGUGUUCUUCGGAGAAAGUAUCAAAGUCAACCCCAAACCAGAGCAGGAAAUCAAGUGCAACUCUGAGGUCAAGUAUGACUCUGACAAGCAUUACCGGGACUGGGUUUACUGCGCCCCCAUUCCCACAGCCACCUCCUUCAGCGAGACAGUGGUGGCAGUGCAGGACUGCACUUGGAGGAGCUACAAGUCCCAGGUGUAUCUGGAGCCGCGGCAGAGGCCCAUCAGAUACCAGAGUACCACCAUCAUCUACCCGAAACACGCCAAAAACACUUACCGCACCACGCUCAACUACAACGCCAUGGGCUCCCGCCGCUGGUUUGUCUCCACAGUGCAGCUGGAGUCGAGCGAGGAUAAUAGUCCCUGUAUCAUCUACACAGAGGACCUGUAGAGGCCAGACCAAGACAGCCCGCACAGGGAGAGGGCGACCUGGUGACCAUCUUGUGUUUCCUCGGAGGACGAGGAACUAGGGAAGGCCCGUAUUGAAAGGGAAAUACUUCAAGUAAUGUCCGGAGCCCCUAAGAACCCUGCUCUGUUCAUCUUUACUUGCCAUGGAGGAAACUCUGGGAACCCUUCAGUGACAAUUCACUCGAGUGUAUUAAGACUUUCUACUGAUGCAGCCUUUAAAAGGGAUGUGGUCCUCUGGCAGUUUAAAGCUGCAUUUGAAUGGUUAAUGUCUUAUUUAAUACAAGAGCUGACAAAUUGGUGGCCUUUGCUGUCCAUCCGGAUGGAUUGUGACCUUGGGGAAGGUAACAAUCGGAUUGUACAUGUCUGUGUAUGGAGAAAAAGGCGAGAUGACACGUGUUGUGGAAGCUAGCGCAAAGCUCGGGUCACACCAAUGCAAAGCUUGCUAAUAUGGCUUUAUUGCACUUGUUUUCUAUAUAUCACAGUCCUCUCAGUGGACUAGGGAUUGCAGGGGGAGAAUUUCAGAACUGCCAUUUGAAAAAUUGGACCAAAGACUGUUUAUCUCUGUAAUGACUCCACACAAUGGGACAGAACAUUCACUUUUGUUUCACGGUUUUGAUCACAACAAGAGCUUGUUCAGUAAUCAAGCAUUCAGCCAAAAUAAAUGCACAAUGCAAGGGGUUCUGUUAUUUUCACCAGAACCAGAGUGGUCUGUAUAGAGUUACGACCGAAGUCUAAUCAAAAGGAAGAUCCCAGCAGCAGGAUUUGAAUUCAUUGACUGGAGAAUGAUUAGGAGGGAUAUUUAACGUCUCUGAAAACCAGGUUUCAGAUCCAAAUAACAUGAAAUAUGAAACCGUGUUGGAUCACUAGACUUUUGGGUUCAACAGCUAUUCAACUUAAUGUUUAAAUACUUUGGCAAAAUCAAUGUUGGUGAUAAAUGUUGGGGUUCUUUUGGUAAACAAGUUCUUGUUUCGUCUUGAGGUGCUGGAGGGCGGCAGAGCAACAAUCAACUAGAACGUUGAUUGUGAUAGCAGUUUUAUUUAUUUAGAGUUUAAUGCUUAAAACUCAAUUGAUCUGCUUCAUGAUCAGUCAGUAGUUUGUUUUUUUUUUACUUGGUUUUAACUAGCCAAAAAACAACACAGUCAGAGGGAAGUGACACUUCUCUGUCCCAACUCUGAGUACGGAACUACCAAAAAGGUCUGGCCAAAUAACUGUGCUGAUGUGGUCGCACGUUUUCGUGCGAUAAGCAAUCGACGUACCACUGUUUCAGCUAACUUUGUGAAAAAAAAAAAGGGCCAGGACUGUUCUGGAUUGCACCAGCUAUACAUAAAUGCAUAACAUAGUUUGUGGACGAAGUAGCUCAUCAUUAACUGUAGCUGAUGAAAUCACUGUUGCAUCACAGCUUGUAACUUCCAAAAAUCACAGUUUUUUGGGGAGCAAACAAUAUUCUAAAGAUAAUUACUAAUCUUGGAAGGUGACACUUGUUUUGUCUGUAAGUGCAUUUUCAAUAUCAUCGUGUCGUAUCCCACAAUGCUAACCUAGCUAACGUUAUUUAGCCAGUCAUUUUUAGCAUAAUGUUUUUUUUUUUAUAUGAGGCAUGCUGUUACUAAAUGUAAUUAAAAAUGUUCCCAACUGUCAGGCGAUAUGUUUCAACCAAAUUACGCUCUUUUUUCUGUUUGCUCCAAAUGGGGCAAAUAUCGGCAAACAAACAUUAGCACUUUGGAUUGGUUCAGUUAGCUAGAAAACACUUACACAGUUAGGAAGUUACUGUUGAAUAACAGCCAGUCCUCACCCGACAACUAUUUUGGUGGGUUUUUUAAUAUCAUGAUAAGUCAUUAUCUCCACUAGAUGAACACUUGAAUUUAUGAAUUGCUGGUGCAGCUGAGGGUUUCAAGCUGUUUUCAGAUAAACAAAUUGUCAUGCGGGGUAGUUUCUGAUCCAUUGUGGUUCAAAAGCAUGAAAGUCUUCUCGUAUUACGGAUGUAAAAAGUCGAGCAGUGGUUAGAAAUUUCCCCCGUUGAAGAAGUAAGAUAGGUUAUUAAGUGUUUUAAUAUCUUCUUUAUGUGUCCAUCUUAUAAAUAAAUAAAUGUUUUUUAGUUUACUGAACAUUGCAAAUAUUGAAACUUCAGACUUUACCUCAAAUUUUCUUAGAUAUCAGUUUUAUUGCAUUGCAAAUGUGUAUUCCCUAUUUUCAAUCAAGGUCUUGAGCUUGUGAUCUUGUUUUAUUUUGUAGUACCUCCAGGUAUGUGUAGAGUCAGAGGACAAGAAGGGCACGACUCCGAGGUGGUGCCUUGGUUCUCGGUUUUAAGGGGGGAACAGUAAGUAACAGUACAAAGAGCAAGACAAAAGGAGAAGUCAGAUCUGCUCUUUUUCAAAAGAAUAUAGACGAGAUGUGGAAGUCAUUCUGGAGGUGACCUUAUACAGAACAGUGACGUUCCUUCCUGGCAAGAUGGUGGAGAGUUUUGCUACAGUAUGUGUUGAGGUCUGUGAAAUGUCGGAGAAUUAUGAUAUAAAGUUGGUGGGUGUCAAGUCAAACACGUCGGUGGUUUUGUGUGAGAUACUCUAGUGUUUCCUAACACUUGAUUUUGUUACUGUAAAAUAUUUUCCUAUUGUAUAUGUGGCAUUGAGGCACUUCAUAAUUCUCUUUAUAUUUUUGUACGUUGAUAAUUGCUCCAAUUCUGAUCAAGGAAAAAUAAUUUAAAAAGAUGUAUAUCCUGAAUGAAUUAAAAAAGAAUUUCCCAAACCCUAA